AUGGGUGCCAGGAUAAAAAAGGAGGAGCAGAACGACGAGGGCGACGACGACGACGACGACAACGACGACGAUGACGAGGACAAACAAGAGGAGCAGCAGACAGAAGUGCCGUGCGCUUCCCCACACCAAAUGCGAAACCAGUGCUGCGCCACGGUCACUGGCCAGAGGUCGAAGCCGCGGUCAGAACGACACCUCGCUGACGCCGAUGCUCGGCCCGUCCGGCGGCAGUGGCCUGGAGGACGGCAGCAAUCUGGGUGGCGCUCUGGAACUGGACCCGGCCCAGCACUCUGGCGGCUCGACUGGGAUGCCGAGCCGCCCCGAGCGGCGCUGCGCGCGGCGGCGCCGCCUCCGCGUGCGCGGAGAGCCCUUCUGGCAGGCUCGAGGCCUGGUCUGCCGAGCUGGCGCCCUCCUCCGAGCCCAACGAUUAGUGGGGGCGGAGGAAGGUGUGGGAUGUGA